UUAUAUCUUCUUAAAACUUUAUGUAACCAUUGCUGGCGUGUCGUUGUCGUACCCACCCAUCAUCUUCUUCAUCCUCCCCAAAACACCGUCCGACCACAAAACACCCUCUUCAAAAUUCCCUCUAUAACUAAAGAAGCAUGCUUCACACCCUCUCCCUCUCCAUCCCAUCCCUCUCCAACCUCAAGCCCAUAUCUUCUUCUCUCCCUGCAAAUCCUGUACCUCUCUACCUCAAGUUCCGUACUUCCCACCGCGAGAACCUCCGCUACCUCAAAGCCCUCCGCAUACUCCACCCCUCCACCAAGAUCACUAAGCUCCCCUCCCCAGACGCCGUCGAUCACAUUCUCGCAACCGUACAUUUCCUCAAGUCCAAGGGCUUCACCGACUCAGACUUCUCACGUCUCGUCCUCCUUUGCCCCCAGCUCUUCUCCACCGCCUUCGAGCCAACCGACGUCACUCCGGUAUUCGACUUCUUGACUACGGAGUUACCCGCUUCACCCGAAGACUCAUGUGGAUUGAUCCUCCGGUGCCCAAGCAUUCUCUUCUCCGACGUCGAGUUCUGUCUCCGCCCGACGCUCAAUUAUCUGAGGAAGUUGGGGGUACAGAACCUGAGCACGCCGAGUAAUCUGAACGCGCAUCUUUUGAACAGGGUGGAGAAGCUGCGCAAGAAGAUUGGCUUCCUGCGGAGCAUAGGGUUCUCGCACGAGGAGGCGGCUAAGCUAUGCGUUAGAUUGCCGGCGAUAUUUGGUUACAGCCUUGAUAAUAAUCUGUGGCCAAAGUACAAGUAUUUGGUGAAUGAGAUGAAGAGGAGUGUGGAGGAACUGAAGAGGUUCCCGCAGUACUUCGCGUUCAGUUUGGAGAAGCGGAUAGUGCCGAGGCAUUUGCACCUGAAAGAAAGGAAUGUUCGCCUUCCAUUGAAUAGAAUGUUGCUUUGGGGUGACCAAAAAUUCUAUGCCAAGUGGAAGUGAAAUUUGGCAGUACUUAUUGUCCUU